GGAAGGGGCGGGGCAGGAGUGCUCCCAGGGAAGAGAGAAGCUGGGCCGAAGCGCCGCCCUCCUCGCUCCGCCUGCGGAAGCCGGCCAGUGGCGGCCCUUCCUUGGUCCAAGCCAUGGGGCCUGCUUCUGCCCGCCGGCCGGCCUCCUGCACCCGCGGGCCUCGCUCCCGAGGCGCCUGCGGCGGCGGCCUGAUGCUCCUGCCUUCCAUGCUGAUGUUCGGCGUGAUCGUGGCCUCCAGCGGCCUGCUCCUGAUGAUCGAGAAGGGCAUCCUGUCGGCGGUGAAGCCCCUGCCGCUGCCUCCCUCUCGGGCUGAGCUGUCCUGGAGAAGGGCCCCGGGAGCGGCAGGGGAGGAGGACGGGGAUGCGGGGCUGCGGGUGCUGCAGGACACCCGCAACCGGACGCUGCGUGCCGUGUGCGGGCAGAAGAGCAUGCCUCGCAGCGCCUGGGACCUCCCCGCGGGACAGAGGAAGACGCUGCUCAAGCACAUCCUGGUCAGCGACAAGCACCGCUUCCUCUACUGCUACGUGCCCAAAGUGGCCUGCUCCAACUGGAAGCGCAUCCUGAAAGUCUUGGACGGCGCCCUGGAGAGCGUCGAGGUCAAGCUGAAAAUGGACCACAAAAGGGACCUGGUCUUCCUCGGGGACCUGAAGCCCGAUGAGAUCAGCUACCGCCUCAAGCACUACUUCAAGUUCCUCUUUGUGCGAGACCCCAUGGAGCGGCUGCUGUCCGCCUACAGGAACAAAUUCGGAGAGAUCAAGGAAUACCAGUUGAAAUACGGCGUGGAAAUCGUCAAAAGGUAUCGGAAAAACCCCGGGAAGAGCACGGGGGACGACGUCACCUUUUCCGAAUUCCUCCGCUUCCUCUUAGACGAAGAGCCGGAGAGGAUGAACGAACACUGGAUGCCCAUUUACAACUUGUGCCAGCCCUGUGCGGUGCGGUACGACUUUAUCGGAUCCUAUGAAAGACUGAAGGAAGAUGCCGAUUAUGUCCUUGAAAGGGUCCAAGCGCCUUCUUUUGUACGCUUCCCUGAACGGCAGUCGUGGUACAAACCGGUGACGCCUGAAACACUGCAUUACUAUUUGUGUAACACGCCAAGGGACCUGAUAGAACAACUAUUUCCAAAGUACAUACUGGAUUUCUCUUUGUUUGCUUACCCUCUUCCGAAUGUUACAACUGAAUCUUGCAGGCAAUGAACCUUUCCCAUUGUACAUCCUAUGCAAUUACCCCUUUAGGAGCCUUCGGUGGCCUAGGGGAUAAAAGCCUUGUGAUUUGAAGGUUGAGUUGCUAACCUGAAGGCUGCCAGAUUCGAAUCCCACCCAGAGAGAGCGCGGAUGAGCUCACUCUGUCAGCUCCAGCUCCAUGCGGGGACAUGAGAGAAGCCUCCCACAAGGAUGGUAAAAACAUCAAAACAUCCGGGCGUCCCCUGGGCAACGUCCUUGCAGACGGCCAAUUCUCUCACUCCAGAAGAAACUCAGGUUGCUCCUGACACGGAAAAAAAAAUUACCCCUUUGAAAAUAUUCCUGGCACAGGCCUGAAUUCCUUGUUCUAUGUACAGUAGAGUCUCACUUAUCCAACAUAAACAGGCCAGCAGAACAUUGGAUAAGCGAAAAUGUUGGAUAAUAAGGAGGGAUUAAGAAAAAACCUAUUACGUUAUGAUUUUACAAAUUAAGCACCAAAACAUCAUGCUUGACAACAAAUGGAUAGAAAAAGUAGUUCAGUACAUGAUAACGUUAUGUAAUAAUUACUGUAUUUAUGAAUUUAGCACCAAAAGUUUGCAAUUUAUUGAAAAAUUGACUACAAAAACAUUGAAUACCAAAAGGCAAACUGCGUUGGAUAACACAGAACGUUGGAUAAGUGGAGUUUGGAUAAGCGAGACUCUACUGUGUUGCCUUUGCAGCAAGGGUAGCUUUAACUUUUAUACAAUACGCGUUGCUGUGGCGAAGUAUGGUGUUAUGGGAAAUAUAGUAUUGAGGUAGUUAAGGUAAAGGGUAAAGGUUUUCCCUGACAUUAAGUCCAUUAUAAAUGGCUUAUAAAGCUGUGUGGAAGGGCCUUGAGUCUACACUGUCAUAUAAUCCAGUUAAAAUCAGAUAAUCUGUAUUUUAUAGGCAGUGUGGAAGAGGCCUAAGUGAGGCCUAACUCUGCCUGUCCCCUUGGCUGAGUAGGUUGCUAGGAGUCCAAGUGGGCGGAGCUUAGCCUUCUAACUGGCAGCAAUUGGAUAAAAACAAUUAUUCCUCUCCCUCUAAUUAGGGCUUUAUUUUUCUUUUCUUUUUGUUGUAUGAACGUAGAGGCAUGGAUGAGGGGUUGUGCUGCCAAGUUUAGUGUUUCUGGGAUGUGUAGUUUUGUUGUUUUGUCCUAGGCCGAAAUUUCAUUACCCUUUUAUAUAUAUAGACUAGCUUGGGUACCUGGCAUUGCCCGGGUUAUUUGAAAAAGUCCUUUUUAAUUGUCCAAAGUGCAUAAGGUUGUGGGUGAACUACAACUCACAUCAUGCCAGGUUGACCCAGAAACUCCAUCAGGGAUUAAAGUUUGUCAUGUUGAGCAAGUUUGCUCUCUAGAUGCAUCAUCGGUGGGAUUCGGUGUGCUCUCGGGCUGCAGGGUAAACUACAACUCCCACUAUGGUGGGUCAAUCCCCCCCAAAUCCCUCCAGUAUGUUCUGUUCAUCAUGGGGGUUUUGUAUGCAAAAUGUGGUCCAGGUCCAUUGUCGGUGGGGGUCACAGUGCUGUGUCUUGAUGCAGGGUGGACUGCAACUUCCAUUGGUGGCUCCUGAGCACUGGGAGUUGCAGCUGAUUGUGGAGGCAGGAGCCUGUCUGUGUAAAUGGACACCCGUGCCACAUACAUACAGAUUUUCACUUGUAUUAUGUGUAUAGAUAGAUGUAUAUAUGCUGCUGCAGUAAGCACAAUACUUUUUAAAAUCUUUGCAGGGGGUAUAUUUUAGGGGAGGAGAGCAUUUGUAUGUAGUUUUUAGAGUAUCAACUGCAGGGCAGUCAAAUUUUGAAAAGAAAUUGCAAAUACAAACACCAGGUAACUUGUGAAGAGGGCUCAAGUAUCUGCAUAUUUGUGCCAUGUCUCCACUCAGUGGUAUAUACUAUAUAGAGCUGUUACACGAGGACAAUCAUUUUAUACUGUUUCUAUUUUUAUUUCAAUACUAGCUUGGGGACCCGGCAGUGCCCGGGUUAUUUGAAAAAGGCAUUGUUUAUUUUUGGAUGUUAGGUAAUAUCACUUAGGUAAUCUGUACCGCUAUUUAUUAGGGGAAAAAAGCCAGUCUUUGCUUUUGUUUUUUAUGAAUGCACCCAUUAGAAAAUGCAUAAGGAUCUGGGUGAAUUACAGUUCCCAAGAUCGUGGGGUGGGGGGUAGAACUUUUCAUAAACACACCGUAAACCAUUGUUAAAAAGGAAUCGGUGAAAAGAUAAUUAUUUUCCAUCAUUAGUUGGAUUCAGAGUGCUCAAUGUGUGAGUGAACCGUAAUUCCCAACAUCCAAGGUCAAUCACUCCCAAAGCCCACCAGUAUUCAAAGUUGGCCAUGUUGUAUUUGUGUGCGAAGUGUGCUCCAGAUCCAUCUUUUGCUGGGUUCAGUGUUUGCUCUUGGCUGCCAGUGACAACAUCUCCCAAAGUCCACCAGUAUACAAAGUUGGCUGUGUUGGAUCUGUGUGCCAUGUGGUCCGGAUCUGUCAUUGGUGGGAUUCAGUGGGUGAACUAUAAAUCCCUGAUUUCAAGGUCCAUCACCCCCAAGGUCCACUGGUAUGCACACUUGGCCAUGUUGUUUCUAUGUGCCAAGUGUGAUCCAGAUCUGUCAUUGGCUGGGUUCAGUUCUCUCUGGAUGUGGGUGAACUACAGCUCCCAUAUUCCAAGAUCAACUGCUUUCGAACCCUACCAAUAUGCACACUUGGCCAUGUUGGGUCUGUGUACCAAGUGUGGUCCAGAUCUCUCAUCUUCUGCGUUCAAUAUUCUCUGAAUACAGGUGAACUACAACUCCCGGAUUCCAGAUUCACUGGGGUUAGAAAUACAGGUGGUGCAGUGGGGUUAAACCACUGAGCUGCUGAACUUGCUGACCAGCAGUUCGAAUCCAGGGACCGGGCUGAGCUCCCACUGUUAGCCCCAGCUUCUGCCAACCUAGCAGUUUGAAAACAUGUAAGUGUGAGUAGAUCAAUGGGUAAAACAUGCAAAGGUGAGUAGAUCAAUAGGAGGUAACAGCACUCCAUGCAGUCAUGCCAACCACAUGACUUUGGAGCUGACUACAGACAACACUGGCUCUUUGGCUUAGAAAUGGAGAUGAGCACCAACCCCUAGAGUCAGAUACGACUAGACUUCAUGUUGGGGAAAACCUUUACCUUUUAAGAACACAAGCCCACCGUGAAAGUGAAAAACUGUGAAUACAUAAUUUGCUAUUUUUUGUACUUGAGGAAAUGUCACUUUAGGAAUUUCUUGGUCUUUCAGCACAAUCCUAUGGUCAACUUCCACUGGAAACUAGCCAUAGAAUUGGAUUUGAGGAACUAGAGAUUCCUAGAGAGGAUUCUCUCGGACCCUCUAGGUCAGCUGUGUCAAACUUGUGGCCUCUAACUCCCAGAAGCCCUAGCCAGCUUGUCCAAUGGCCAGGAAUUCUGGGAGCUGAAGUCCAAAACACCUGGAGGAGGGGGCACAAGUGUGACACCACUGCUCAGGUCCUCCAGCAUGAUUAGAGGAAGUCAAUGAGAGAGUCACUGGAGGACCUAGAGAUUCCUAGAUGAAUAAUCAAACCCACAAAAAUCAAAACCUCAAAUGUUUACGGAUAACUAGGUAAAGAUAAAGGUUUUCUCCUGACGUUAAGUCCAGUCGUGACUGACUCUGGGGGUUGGUGCUCAUCUCCAUUUCUAAACCGAAGAGCCGGCGUUGUCCGUAGACUCCUCCAAGGCCAUGUGGCCGGCAUGACUGCAUGGAGUGCCGUUACCUUCCCGCCGGAGUGGUACCUAUUGAUCUACUCACAUUUGCAUGUUUUCGAACUGCUAGGUUGGCAGGAGCUGGGACCAACAGCGGGCGCUCAUUCCACUCCCGGGAUUUGAACCUGGCACCUUUUGAUCCGCAAGUUCAGCAGCUCAGCGCUUUAAUGCACUGUGCCUCCAGGGAUAACUGUAGAGUUAUGUAAAAGCAAGUCCUAAAGAGGUGGGCUCUUUAGGAUUUACAGAGCAAACAUAUGGAUGUGUAGUGAGAAAUUACACCCCACUGUGUUUACUGGAUUAUGUUUGAGCUUUAGGGGAGGGCACAUUUUCCAGUGGGAAAAGCUGGAAAAUAUGGGAACACCAACAAUUGGCCUGCAUGACAACCAAAAUAUUUAGAUAAUCAGACGUUUAAAAGCAUUAUAUUGUUUAGACUUUACAGAAAGGCUAGGUGCAUUUGUAUAUGUAUUAAUGGCAUGCAUUCGGGUAAAAGCUUGUCCGGUUUCGUUUCUGGCUUUUGUUGUGGGGCCCAAUCCAUUUUCAGAAAGCCUCCUGAAAUUGGGAGGGUUGUUUCUAGCUGCUUUGUUUCGGGGCCCGAAAAUUGGCCCAUUAUUGGCGGGGAGGCUUCCCACCCACUGGCUCUUCUUCCUGAGAAGCUCGGCUGCCUGGCAAGCAUUGCACUUCUUCUCUUCCUCCUCCCCCCUCCCUCCCUUGCACCCGCAAUGUACUGCAUUCAUUCACGGGAGUCAUAGCCAGGCAGCCCCACAUCCAGAUCUCAGCAAGCAAGCAAGAAGAAACCACCACCCCUCCCUCCUUUCAAUUCGCAGUGUGGUGGGUAGCGGGGUGUGUGUGCAGAGACGGUCUAACAAUGAGGUGAAUUAGGCGGUUGCCUGAGGUGCAGACCAUGCAGGGGCGCUGUCGAAGCAGCGGCAGCGGAAGGCCCAGCCACCCAUCCGCGCGGCCGCCCUCCUUCUCUCCCUUGCUGUCUGAGGACUCCUCACCUGCCGCCCGCCCGUCAAUGGGCCUGUGCAAUGGGCCAUGUUUUUUAGGGUGAUGAGCCUGUGCGCAUGCUCAGGCCUUCCAAUCGACCACGCGGUCGAUUGGAAGGCCUGCGCACACGCACAGGUCCAUCGACGGGCAGGCGGCGAGCGAGGAGUCCUCGGACAGCGAGGGAGAGCAGGAGGGCGGGUGGCUGGACUUUCCGCCGCUGCCGCUGGUAUUUAUCAGCAAUUUGGGGAGGGGGUGCCAAAAUUCAGGAGGGGCGCCAAAAUUCCAGUCGCCUACUCCCAAAAAUUACCUCGGGAUGGCUCUGUGUGUGUGGUGGGCUGUGUGACUGUGCAGGCACUCAGCUGCAGGCAGGUACCGAGAGGCACGUGCAAGCUUUCCAGGCCUGCCUGCAUGCCUCAUGCCACACACACCCUCUCCCUAGAAAGAGUGUGUGUGGCGAGGAACAGGCAGGCCUGGAAAGUGCACGCACACCUCUCAGUGCCCUCCUGCAGCCGAGUGCUGACACAAUCGCACACACACACAUACACUUGGAAAGGAGGGAGGGGAGUGGUACCUUCCGCCCUGAUGCUGAGGUCCAGAUGUGGGGCUGCCUGGCUGCAACUCCCAUAAGUGAAUGCGGGGCAUUGCGGGUGUGAGGGAGGAGGAGAAAGACAAGAAGAGUGCACACAUGAAAUUUCGGCUCCACAUGAAAAUAGGCUUUCAUUUCGUGUGGGGAGGGGGCUUCCUGUUUCGUGCUUCCAAAUAAACGAAAGACAUGGAAGAAAUGGUAAGAACCAAUUUUGUGCACGUCUAAUAUGUAUGUGCAUCUGUAUAUGAACGUACAUCUGAAAUUUUUAGAAGCUUGGGUAUACUCUUAAUUUAAAUAGUUUAAAUUUCUUGAUGCAGUAGUUUGGCAGUUUCUCUAAUUUUUAAUUUUUCUUUCUCUAAAUAUGUUUUACUUGCCAGUGUAUUAAAAUUUAGUAUCUUCUUCAUUUUAUCAGAAAUAUGGUAACAUUACAGUGUAUUCAACAAGCUAGAAAACCUGAAUUCCUAAGUUGAAGAAAAGUUGUGUUUGUGUUAUCGACAUGCACAUGGUGUUCAGAGCUUUAAAUUUUGUUGCUCUUAAACAUGAAAUAGAGUGGACAAUAUAGUUCUCAAAAGUUUAGAUGCUAUAUAAACUUUAAUAGUUUUUUUUUCCGUGGUUCCAAUUUUUAUUAUGUGGGUUAAAAUAUGACAGAGAUACACAGCUUUUGUAAUUUGUGGAGGUCACUAUUCUGACAUGGUAGGUAAGAAAGCUGAUACUAUUCAGAACCCGCCAACCUGUAGCCAUAGAAUACAUAGAUCACUUUAGACCAGGUGUUGUGACUCAGCUGGAACCUCAGAGUGACUCUGAUGGGGAUUAUGGGAUUCAGGUUCAAGAUUAUUCUGAUGGGAAUUAUGGAAUUCAGGUUCAGAGUGUUCCUGCUUUAGAAGAUGAGGAACAGGAAGUCUUUCCCACAGCAGGGAAUGGUGUUGAUGAUACUGAAACUAGCCAGGUGCUAAUUGACUCAGAAAAGGAGGAUAGUUUUCAGUCUGAUAGCCGCCAGCAGAUUGAUGCUAACGAGCUGGCUGGCCUUGACAAAAUGGAAUCUUUACAUCGAGUUGGCUCUUUGGAAUUCAAGGUUUGCAGGAGUGUUAGAAUAGCAAACAAGGAGGUCAGAGGCCAAAGAAAUGCUUUCAUGCUAUGCAAAGUGUAUUAAAACUGUGUUGGGAAACAAAUCUUUGUCAAAGCAACUUCUUGCUCAAGCCAAGAAGCAAGCUCUCAUUUUCCUGGAUUAUCUUGCAGCCUUUGUGUGUUCAUGUUCAUGGGAUUUUGUCAUGUGUUAAUGGAACCUUGUUUAUUCAUUAUGAUUUCUUGGAUUUGCAACAAUCUUUUGGAACUUUACCUUUGCUUUUUAAGAACUGUUUAUUAUCUAUUUUCUAAUAAACUACAAAAGACUUCAA